AUCUUAAAGUCUAUGGACGACAAGGAGGUCGUAGCUGUAAUUCUACUAGACCUUUCUAAAGCAUUUGACAGUAUCGAUCAUGUAUUGCUUCUAAAAAAGCUCCAAGUAUUGGGAGUGUCCGAUGACGCUUUAUGUUGGUUUAAAAGUUACUUGACAGGACGACAGCAG